GUAUAAAGAAAGAGAGAGAGAGAGAGAGAAAGAGAGAGAGAGAGAAGAUAGAAGAAAAAGGUGAAGAAGGAAAAAGAAAGAGAAGGGUAAGGACUGGUUAGUUGUCUCUCGUAUUUCAACAGUGUCAGUUUGGAGUUCCAUCGGUAUUCGAUUGUCAGCAUCCCAGAAGGUCGACACAGACAGACGCGUGCACACACAUAUAUACACGUACUAAGACAUAGAUACAUACAUACACACAACAACCUGUACGCCCACGUAUCUAUCUCAAAGGAUAGAGAGAAGGAGAAAAAAAAAACGUGAAGAGUAGAAGAUAGCAAUAUCACAACAACUGUAACAUCAACAAGUGUAAUAACUUCAGUCGAGAAUGCCAAGUGUUGCAAAAGUUCCAUCCUUGGAGAAUGUUUUUGUCAUCUUUGUGAUCGGGGGACCUGGCUGUGGCAAAGGAACCCAGUGUGCUAAAAUUGUAUCCAAAUAUGGAUUCACCCAUCUCUCAUCCGGAGACCUUCUCCGUGAAGAAGUGGCCUCUGGGUCUGCCAGGGGUAAAGAACUCACUGCCAUCAUGGCAACAGGAAAGCUUGUGCCUAUGGAUACUGUACUUGAACUUAUCAAGGAAGCCAUGCUCAGCCGAGCUGCCAAUUCCCGAGGAUUCCUCAUUGAUGGAUACCCAAGGGAACUUGAUCAGGGAAAGCGUUUUGAAGCUGAGAUUGCUUCCUGCAAAUUUGUGCUGAAUUUUGAUGUAUCCGAUGAGACAAUGAAAACUCGGUUACUUGACCGUGCCAAGACCAGUGGUCGAGUCGAUGAUAAUGAAGAGACAAUCAAUAAACGGUUGCUGACAUUCCAUGAACAUACCACUCCAGUACUUGAAUACUAUGCCAUGAACAACAAAUUACAAACUAUUAAAGCUGAAGGUAGCCCCGAGGAAGUAUUUUACCAAGUGGAGAUGGUCUUCAAGGAGUGCUGCCCUAAACUGAAACCUUGCUUGGAUGAAUGCAAAGUCAUCUUUGUUGUGGGUGGUCCAGGUAGUGGUAAAGGAACCAUGUGUGCCAAACUGGUACAGCAUUAUGGCUUCUGUCACCUGUCAUCUGGAGACAUGCUUCGUGAAGAAGUUGCUUCUGGCUCAGCUAGAGGCAAGGAACUCAAUGAGACUAUGCAGAAAGGUGAACUUGUGCCAAUGACAGUGGUUUUACAGCUUCUUAGAGAAGCUCUGGUCAGCAGGUCAUCUUACACCAAAUGUUUCCUCCUUGACGGUUACCCUCGGGAGUUGCAGCAGGGUUUGAAAUUUGAGAAUGAGAUUACCGAGUGUGCUGCUGUGCUUAACUUCACUGCUCCAGAUGAUGUGUUGGUAGCACGUCUGUUGGACCGAGGUAAGACCAGUGGUCGUGAUGAUGACAAUAAAGAAACCAUUAUGAAGAGACUUGUGACCUUUCAUGAAAUCACCCAACCUGUUAUAGAUCACUAUCAAGACCAAAAUAAAGUUAUUAAUAUUGAUUCUAACAACACAGUGGAUAAAGUGUUUGAACAUACCAAGGAAGCUAUGAAACGUUUUGCUUCAUGAAUUUUAACAACAGCAUCAAUGAUAUUGAGAUUUACUUCUCUUACAACAAUUGCAUACCUUCUUUUUUGUUAAUUAUCACUAAUACUUAUUAUUAUUAUUAUUAUUAUUAUUAUUAUUGUUAUUGUUAUUGUUAUUGUUGUUGUUGUUGUUGUAGUUAUAACAACUGUUGUUAUUAUUGCCAUUUUUAUAAUCUGUUAUUGUUAAUAUAAAUACUAAAUUAGAAUGUUAUUGUUACUGUUUCCAUGAAAGUAGAUGAAAAAUAUUCAAAUUUGUUCUGUUCGUUGUUGUUCUUGUUGUUGUGCAUUAGACUACAUGUUUAGUGAUAACAGCCUUGUUACUGCUAUUAUCAUUAUUAUUAUUAUAAGAUUGGCAGAUGGCACCCUUGGUUAGAACAUUGGACAAACUGCCUUACAACACUUUCCCUACAAUGUUCAAAUCCCACUGGUGUCAACUUAACCUUUCAUCCUUCUUGGCUCAAUAAACAUCUGAUUGGCCCUUUACCACUAAAAUAUUUGGGGUUACAUGGAUUCACUACACAAAUUUGUGACCUUAAGCCAAUAUAAGGAAACAUUGUUUCUAUUAUGUUUAUAAUUAAAUUCGCUGUUGCUGGUAUUGUUAUUUACUGCUGCAGUCUUCUAUAAAUUAUAUUAUCUAAUAAUAAUAAUAAUAAUAAUAAUUAAGAUAUUAAUAAUGGUUUCAAAUUUUGGCACAAAGCCUACAAGUUCGUGGGAGGGGGUAAGUUGAUAAUAUCAACCACAGUGCUCAACUAGUAAUUGUUUUAUCAACGCUGAAAGGAUAAGUCAAUCCCAGCAGCAUCUGAACUCGGAAUGUAAAGUUGGAAGAAAUACUGCUAAGCAUUUUGUCUGGAACGGUAAUGAUUCUGCCAGAUUGCUGCCUUAAUAAUAAUAAUAAUAAUGAUGAUGAUGAUGAUGAUGAUGAUGAUAAUAAUAAUAAAAAAUAAUAAUAAUGAUCAUAAUAACUAAGCUUAUAUAUAUAUAUACAUAAAUUUAUUUAUGUAUAACUAUUUAUAUUUAUAUUUAAUUAUUACAAACUACUUGGAUGUAAUUAAAUUUCUUUUAAAAUUAAA